CUCGGCCCCGGUUCCGCGAGGAUCUGCCCCGGAAUCCGCCCCCAGAGUCGGGAGGGACCGGAGCCAUGUGGCAGGUCAGCACCCGCUCCCUGUGCCGGACCAGCUCCCGCAYCUGGCAGAGGCGGCUGCCCCGGCCCGACCCCGCGCCUGCAGCCCCGCGGAGCCGCAGCCGCCCGUGGAGCCCCGGGACAGCCCCCGCCCGGGGACUCUCCUCCAUGGCCCCCGCCAUCCGCCUGUCGCCCGCCGCCCGCAGCCUCUUCGAUGAGCCGCUGGCCAUCGCCGUGCAGGGCCUCGGCCCGCGGCAGCAGGUCACGCUGCGGACGUCCUUGCGGGACGAGAAGGGAGAGCUCUUCCAGGCCAGUGCCCUCUACCAGGCGGGGGACGACGGGGAGCUGGACGUCGCCCGCUGCCCUGCGCUGCCGGGAGGCAGCUUCUCCGGCCUGGAGCCCAUGGGGCUGCUCUGGGCUUUGCAGCCCCAGAAGCCUUUCUGGAGGCUGGUGAAGCGGGAUGUGCAGAGCCCCUUCCUCCUGCAGCUGGAGGUGUUUGAAGGCCACGGGGAGCGCCCCGGKCGGCUCUUGGCACAGGCGCAGCACGAGCGGGCGUUCCUGCGGGACGGGGUGCGGAGAGUCCCGGUGCGAGAAGGGAGAAUCCGGGCGACGCUUUUCCUGCCCCCCGGAAAUGGCCCCUUUCCGGGAAUUAUUGACUUGUAUGGAACUGGAGGUGGACUCCCUGAAUACCGGGCAUGCCUGCUUGCCAACUACGGCUUUGCUGUGAUGGCUCUGGCUUUCUACGGCUAUGAAGAUCUCCCCAAAGAGAUGAAGGAAUUCCACCUGGAAUAUUUUGAAGAAGCUGUAAACUAUAUGUUACAACACACCCAGGUUAAAGGACCAGGAAUUGGUUUGCUUGGACAUUCGAAGGGGGGUGAUCUGUGCGUCUCCAUGGCCUCCUUCCUAAAGGGCAUCACGGCCACUGCCCUUAUCAACGGCUCGGUGGCAAAUGUGGGCGCAAUGCUGCGCUACAAGGACAUCACCAUUCCACCCCUUGGGAUCAAUCGAAAACGCAUCAAGGUCGGCAAGUCUGGGAUUGCUGAUAUUAUUGAUGCAUUGAACAACCCAUUAGAGGGCCCUGACCGGAAAAGCUUGAUCCCUUUGGAGAAGGCUGAGUGUUGCUUCUUGUUCAUUGUUGGCCAGGAUGAUCACAAUUGGAAAAGCGAAUUCUUUGCAGUUGAGGGGAGCAAGCGUUUGCAAGCUCAUGGGAAGCAAAAGCCUGAGAUUGUCUGUUAUCCUGGAGCAGGGCACUACAUUGAACCCCCCUUUUUCCCAAUGUGUGCAGCCUCAAUGCACCUGCUCUUUGGCAAGCCUGUGAUGUGGGGAGGGGAGCCCAAGGCACACUGUGAGGCACAGAUAGAUGCUUGGCAGCAGAUUCAAGCUUUCUUCCGUAAACACCUCACAGGCAAGCCAUCUGGAACAUCCAGUAAGCUCUGAUAGGAAUUAGGUUACUUUACAGAUGAAGAUGCUGGUGUUUCAAGUUUGUUUUGUUAAAUGGCUCAGAACGAGAACAAGGAAUAUCAGAGAAUAAGCUUUGGGUUUCUUAGAGGAUGAUGGUGGGCAAAAGCAUGAAAGCUGCUUCCUUUUUACACCCUCCUCUAAUCUUGGUUAGAGGUCUUGGCCUCUUAUUUUUGUGUAGUAUAGGGUUACAAGCUGUGGAAAACAAAUGGCAGUAAGGCUGUGUGUGCUUUGACUGUGAAUUGAAGUGGUAGGUAACUCAUCCAAGCUGAGAACUGGGAUGAAAAUGUGCCUUGGCCUUCUCAGAGGAAACAUACGUCAUCAUUGCCUAUCUUUGUAUUCUAGGCCCAGUGUUCUAGUUUUUCUGUAAGUAGUUCUCUCUUCCUCCCCCUAGUAAUCUUUCUGUUCUCCCUGUGCACUUCUUCCUCCUUUGUUGCUCCUUCCCUUCUCCCACACCACUAAAAUGCAUUUGCCUUAACAAUAUCUAAUGUUUUACUCACCUAAAGCAGCAAUACUGUGCCACCACCCUCAGAUAACUUUACAUUUAGAGGCAACAAACAGCCCAUGGCCUGAUGUGACGUUCUGAGCCCAUGCAGUAGAAAUGAGACAUUGAAACAGUCUGUGGAAGUUCUUAAGUGUGAAGAAACAACAGAACGGGUCCUGUUAGUCAUCACACUGAGGCCGCUCACAGGUGUCUCGGCAUGGCUGGGUAUGGCUGUGGAUGUCCGCAGCACUGUCGGAACUCCCUGCCUGUACAUUCCCUAGACGCUUUCUCAGCUCUCUGCUCGGAAGGGCUGCUGAGAGCACCCCGGCUGCGGGGCUGGCUCCGUGAGGSCGGGUGCGGGCUGAGGGGGGCGGGAAAGGGCGGUGAGGCGGCUGUGGCGGAGCGGGGCUCCGGCUGCACGCCCGAUGUUCUCUGGGCAGCGGGGGGAGCGCUCAGCGCCCUCCGGCAUCGUCAGUGACGUUUGGCACCCAAGCGUGCGGUUGAAGAAGGCGCUGGAUGUUGUCGGCACAUAUGCACCGUGUAUUCGAGCGCGUUGUACCCGCCAGGGCCUGCAGCCCUCAUCCAGCCUCGGCUGCUGUCCGCCCGUCAGGCGCGUUUGUGCCUUUCMCAUCCAAUGUACUUGUAAUGGAUUAAAGUGAAACUUUAACCG